ACCCAGAACUCUCUCUCUCCUCUCUGUCUUUCGAUCUCUUUCUUUAAUUACCAGAAAUCAGGGAGAAUUUUCUGGUUCUUGUCGUUCUCUCUUAAACAGCUCUCUAAAUCCUAAGUUUUGUUAGUUUCCAAUUAUCUCAAGAUAUAAAAGCUAGGAGCCAAAGAACAAAAAAAAGUCCAAAUAGAGCCUCAUUGAUCAAACAGAAGCUAACUGAACAAACUGGAAAAAGUUGUUUUCUUGAAAAGAAGAGAUCAAGACAAACAUAAAGAUUUCCACCCAAAAAGAUCUCUUUUUCAGCCUUUUUUCAAUGUCAAACAUUUCUUCUGGGAAUAGUAGUACUGCAGGUGCAGAAGAAGAAUAUGAAGAGCAAGAUCAGCAGCAAACUUCUAACGUGUUGCCCUCUAGUGUUCACCAAGAGCAAGAUCUUCCUAAUAAGAAGAGAAGGAAAUUACCUGGAAAUCCUGAUCCUAGUUCUGAAGUAAUUGCCUUAUCACCAAAGACCCUAAUGGCAACAAACAGGUUCAUAUGUGAAGUAUGCAACAAAGGCUUCCAAAGGGAACAAAACCUUCAACUACACAGGAGAGGACACAAUCUGCCGUGGAAGCUAAAGCAAAAAACAAGCAGUGAUGAGAUAAAGAAACGGCGAGUGUAUAUUUGCCCUGAACCAACGUGUAUCCACCAUAAUCCUGCUCGUGCACUUGGAGAUCUGACGGGGAUUAAGAAACAUUAUUCGCGUAAACAUGGUGAAAAGAAAUGGAAAUGUGACAAGUGCUCUAAAAAGUAUGCAGUGCAAUCUGACUGGAAAGCCCAUUCCAAAACGUGUGGCACUAAAGAGUACAAAUGUGACUGUGGUACCAUCUUCUCCAGGAGGGAUAGCUUUGUUACUCACAGAGCCUUUUGUGAUGCCUUAACUGAAGAAAACAACAAAGUAAACCAAAGUAUAGCUUCAACCACAGGACCUAGCCAUACCCAAGUUUCUGAACUCAUGUCCAAUAGCAUGUUGAACUUACCAGAAAUCAGAAAUUCAAACAUGAAAGUUCCAUUAAAACCUUCACCACACAAACUCAAUAUUCAAACACCUACAGGACCCUUAUUAAACAUGGCAGGAAGCAUGUUUACUAGUCCAAGAAACUUAACUUCUUCCUCUUUUUCUGGUUUUCAGCUGAGCAAAAAUUCGUCGAAUAUGUCAUCAUCAGCAACAGCUUUGUUACAACAAGCAGCUCAAAUGGGAGCAACUGUGAGCAGUAGCAUCAACUCUAGUCCAAUAAUGGUACAAAAAGGGUACCCUUCUCUGUUUCAAAGUGAUCAUGAUCAUCAAACACAAAUAGGGAGCUCUGUGCAUGGAUUUUUUGGGUCUGUGUCACAAAAUGGAACUCAAGAAACGUUGAUUUCAGAACUAUUGAAUUCGAAUAGGAGUACUACUGGUGAUCAUCAUCAGAUGACUUCAAGAAUGCAAAAUCAGGGGUGGUAUAAUGGUUUAUUUAAUGAAACAAAGAUUAAUGGAGAGAGUGGGAAUGAUAGCUUGACACUUGAUUUUCUUGGGAUAGGGGGAAUGAGACAAAGGAAUUCCCAUGAAAUGCAUCAGCAGCAACAAGAAAUGAGUUUCGAACAGCAAAAAGAAAUGAGCUCCAUGUGGGAUGAUUGAGAGAAUUCCCAAAAGUUGGAAAUCUUUCGGGAAGGAAAUUCAUUAGCAGCAUUUGAUUAAGUAAUUCUCUACUAUUGUAAAGCCACAUUAGAUAGUUUUAUUAAGUGCUAUCUUAAAUGCAUUUUGAAAGUAUGUGACGUUGUACAGUUUGGUCUUAAGCAAAAAGAAAAUAAAUAAAGUUAGGGGCUUUAAACAGGGU